AUGCCAGUUGCUCCUCGCCAAGGCCGCAAAGGGGGGAAAAUAUCCUCCUCGCCGGCGAUCGCCGCGUCGGACUCGCCGUCGAUGGUGUCGCCUGGCUCGCUGCCGUCUGGCAGCGCUGGCGCCGCCCUCCCCACAGAUCCCAACACGACGCUGCAGUUCAACAUCGAGGCUCUCAUGAGUAAGAAGCGUCGCAGCCCCACCAAGGCAAAGGCUGCGGCGCGCGCGAACGAGUCCAGCGCAUCCGCCUCCUCGGGGACGGAGGCGGCCAAGGCAGCCAUCGGCACAGGGGGCGCCUCCACCACCGCUGCGGCGGGGUCCGCCGGGGCGUCUGCCACGGCCGGUCCCGCGGAGACGAUCGCGAACCUCUCGCUUCUGACCCCGCCCGGCGGGGACUCAAACGUCUUCAAGUUCGACCUCGACGCCAUCCAGCAAGUUGGCCAGGGCGUUGUGUUCGGCGGCAAUAAGACGAUGCGGACGGAUUCGCACAAGCCCGAGUCGGACCCAGCAGUGGUGUCUGCAAAGCUGAAACAGCUGAUCGCCUCCCAGGACGCAUACUUCCACGGUAGCAACACCGCGGCCGCUGACGUCGAGAGCGACGAAGUGCUGGGAUUAAAGGAGGUAGCCUCACACCAAGUAGUGCUGCUGCAGCGACCCUACGCGGCUCUGCGUCUCGCUCUCGCGCUUAGCCGAAAGAGCAAAGAGCGCGUGCUGGUGGUGGUACCGCAUUACUCGGACGCCUCCGAUAUCGCGGCGGCGCUGCGGGCGCUGAGUCCCUCUCACGGCCCCGUCGGCGAGCUGAGCGGGCAGUCGUUUGUCGGCGAGGCGGGCACAUCAUUGUGGGUGACGGAUGUGGAUACAGCGCUUGUGUACCUGACGUCGCAGCGCGGCAUGGGGCCUUUCACGCAUCUCGUGCUGCCCAACCUGACCCGCAUGAGUCCACUGGUCUCCUACUUCUUGUGGGGGCUGCGGGAACGCGUGUACCGGCAAAGUGCCAUUCUGGACACAGCCGCCCCGCCGCUGCACGUCAUUGUAAGCGUCAGCGGUGCCAUGACGGAGCGGAUGCAGCAGUUCUUCUCGAAGCAGACGGUGGCGACGCCAAACGCCGCGCCGGUGCAGUCUCUCGUCGAGUUCUCGUACGAUGAGGCGAACGCACUGGCAGAGAUGGAUGUAUUGGAUGUCACAAUCGAUGAGUCUGGCAAGUACCCUGGUCCGCACCGCAAGAUCAUUGACCACUCCGUGCAAAUGGCGGCGACGCUGGUGAGCCGUAUUUUGUCCUGCUCCGCCGCGUGCCCACAGGCUAUUUACAUCCUCACUGGUGACUCACGCGAGAUGAUCGACGCGCUACAUAAGGAGCGCCUGCUCGACACAACGGUGUACGCCGGGCGCUUCCCCUCCAAGGAGGACGCCGGCGCCACACCGUCGAAGCAUCGUGUGUGCGUGCUGCACUCGGUUGUCUCCUUCACGAACUACAACAACGAAGAUGCGACUUUUGUGCUGGACAUGGCAACGACUCGACGCCUCGCCGUGCAGAACAAGUCGGAGGGCUUCAUGGCUUCGAGCGCGUCGGAGUGGGCGUCGAAGAUGGACGUUGAGGAGCGCCGGCAGCUACCUGGCACCAAGUACCCUGGCUGCUACAUCGCCCUGUAUCCCCCGGCGGCCGAUACCGUGCUGCCCACUACCGAGGCUCCCCAGCCGACGGUAUACGAGGUGGAGGACGCGUUGCUGCAGUGCUCACGAGCGCAGCUGCCGAUCCAGCGUGCGAACCAGGAGAUGGUGUGCCCGGUGGAGGCGGAGAGCAUUGAGCAGGUGCAGCACAGCCUCUCGGAGAAGUGCCUCAUUGCGAACCUGUCCGAUUUCAGCCUCACCUUCACAGGCGAGAUAGCGUCGCGACUGCCCCUCGAGGUGGACUUGGCUCAUUUCGUCAUGAACUGCUGCACACUUGGCCACGGCGAGGUCGGCGUCAUCGUGGCCGGCGUCUGCGCUCUGCCAUACCGAUUCCCGACCGGCGAGUCAGCAGAGGGGUUCGCCUCGUGGAAGAAGUGUGUUAUCGAGACACGUCAAGAGUACGCUGGUGACAUCGCGAAUCAGAGCGAUCUCCUGGCCGACGUGCUCGUGUUCCUGGAGUGGUGGCGACUCAAGGCGAACGGAGCCUCGACAGCGGACUUUGUGGCGAAGUUGCAGCUAAAGGAGGACCGUCUUGAGCACGUGCGCGGCCUCAUCACCUACCUGCGUGUCCAGAUCUCUGACUACGCUUUUGUCGACGACCUCGAGGACGAGGCAACGCUGUCGGCGGUGAUGCAGAGCAUCCAGUCAAACGCGUCCAUCUUUACAUUCUUCGAGGCUGUCGCCCUUGCUCGCCGGCUCUUCUUUGUACGCGACGCCGGCUCCAUCAACGUCAAGGAUCGGGCUGGCGCCUUGGUCUUUGUGCGGACGUCGAAGAAGGUUGUGCCCAACACAGCCAGCCCGAGCAGCGUGGUGUGGGAGUCCGGCGCCGCCUUGGUCGCCGUGGACUUGCGUAAUCUCGUUAGCAACAUCACCUGCGCUCGCGUUUCGGCGGUGAACAACACGUACCUGUUUGCGGCGCUGCUGCUGUUGUACCCGCAGGUGGAGUACUCCGCCCCAGUCGAGGUGCCCUCCAAGGGUGGCCGCGUCGUGUACUUUGGCAUCACGUGCAACCGCCAGAUGAAGCGCUUCCGCGUCAGCAUCGGUGAGGCUGCGCAGAUUCUUGACUUUCGCGAGAAGUGGAACCAUGCGAUACGGUACCUGCAGGUCCUCCGCACAGCAAAGAAGCCGCUGUCGCGGCACAAGUUCAACUUUAUGCUCAAGGAAGAGGACCGCCACUUCGAUUUGGAGGAGCUGCGUGCGGAGGUGCAGCGGGAGCUGCAGAACCUCGUGACCGAGAUCGAGGUGGCGGAGCACCAGGCAAGCUUCACUACUCAUGGGGUGCACUGCCUUGCGCCAAAGCAGGUUGCAGGGGUUGUGGACGGCGUCGAUGCAUCCGACGUGGAUGUGAGCAGAAAGUUCCACGACGGCGACCUCUGGACAAGUUCCUUUGUCUCCAAGACGGACACGCCUGCAACCAUGGCGGCAGCCACGAGCAUCACCGCCAACCAUGCGCCCACUACAGCACAAUCACCGGCUCUUACGUUCCCGAUGAAUGCGGUCAGCAUCGAUGAUGACGAGGACGACGAGGUUGAGGUGAUGGGGGAGCUGUAUUUCCGCAUGAACGGCCCCAUCAUUGACGAUGACGAGUAG